AUGUUAACCUGCGUAGACCGGUUCACGCGGUGGCCUGAGGCACUAUCCCUCAACGACAUCACGGCAGAGCCAGUCACCCGUGGACUCAUCAACGUGUGGACAAGCCGCUACGGAGUUCCCAAGACCAUAACAACGGAUCGAGGUCAUCAAUUCGACUACGCCCUCUUCCGCACCUUGUCCCGAAUUCUUGGUGCCAACCACAUCAGGACGACGGCCUACCACCCGAUGUCGAAUGGCAUGGUUGAGCGAUUUCACCACCAGCUCAAAGCUUCGCUCAUGGCCUCGCAAUCGUUGAUACCCUGGAUGGAGCGACUACCACUCGUCCUCCUCGCCCUGCGGUGCUGCGUACGGACGAGUCCUGCUCUUCGGCUGAGCUCAUAUAUGGCACUACCCUAA